UAUUUCCUCCUGCCGACAGAUUCUCACUUACUUUCAGUCACAUAUCCGCUGCACUUUCAUAACCAUGGCGAAUGACGAGCAAAGCAAGAAUUCUUUCUUCAGCAGAGUAAAUACUUUUAAUGAUUAUGAACCACUGAGAGAACAGAAUGUGGGGAUUCAAAACAUGGCUGGUCAUCUUCCACAAGCCACCGUGGUGACUAUACCCACCAUGGCACCACCUUUAAAGGAUCAUCUGGUGUGGUCAAUCUUUAACACCGCUUAUCUGAAUUUCUGCUGCUUGGGACUACUGGCCCUUGUGUUUUCUGUCAAGUCACGUGAUCGGAAGUUGGUUGGAGAUGCGAGUGGCGCCAGGAGUUACGGUUCAACAGCAAAAUCCCUCAACAUUGCUGCAACUGUCUUCAGCAUCCUCGUGGUUGUUCUUUUAAUUAUCCUGAUGGCAACUGGUGUCUUCCGUUUUCCUAACUAAACUAGAGCACUGAAUGAGCAUCUGAGGGGUGGAUAUUCUAUAAAGGCAGGUUCAGAGGCACAUACACAUACAUACACACAUACUAACAUACAAACAUAUACACACACAGAAAACAAACCUUCUGUUAUUCAGAUGAUUUCAGCUUGUGUAUGCCUGAUGUUUACUUUAGCACUUGGUUCUAGUUGCCCCGUUACACUUUUGGAGUUGGAAGCACAAUCUAAAGGCUUGCAAACCUUCUCUCAUACACUCAAGGAUGAAACUGAUUUCAUGUGAGGUCAGCGCCAAUGAUAACUAAAAUCUGAUUUUGCUUUAAAAAAAUGUAUUGUUGUUUUUUCUAAUUAAAUUGCUUUUGUACAUGUGUGAGGGCUGAAUAA